GUGGAAGGACUUCAACUAGCUUGGGAUCUGGGCUAUCAACGAGAGCGGGUGGAGCUGGACUCUCGUUGUGUCAUCCAUCUCAUCAGCAGCAACGCAAAUCCGGAUCACCAGCAUAUUUCAGUCAUUGACCGCCUCCAGGCCUUAGUCAGGCAUGACUUAGAGGUUGUUUUUUCCCAUGUUUACAGGGAAGGUAAUAAGUGUUCCGACUACCACUCAAAUCAAGGUCAUUCUAUGCCUUUAGGUUUCCAUUCUGUUCCUGCUAGUGCCCCUAUGUUGAUGUACUGGAUCUUGUAUGACUCUUAG